GCCGGAUGUGUCAAAAAGUGGUCAGUUUGAAUUAUUUAUCCCUCCGAUAAGUAUUCUAAUUUUAGCUCAUUCGCCGCUUGUUAAUGCUCAAGUAAAGCCCACAAACGAGAAAACAGAGCUUGGCGAUCCGGUUCCGGCAGGAGGCUUGCGAUCAACGCCUUGAUGCCCAUGUACGCAGUUAAGGAGAAUGACUGAAAAACUCCAAGACUGGGGAGAUUUUGUAAACCGUUACACGGCACAUUCAUCGCGGCAUUCAAGCCCGGAAAGAGAGGUAGACUUUGGAGAUAUGAGGCUCACUCCUUCGCCAAUCUCACCUGUGUUUAGUACAGCUGAUAAGCAGUUCUGUAGACGAGAUAACAUCGAUCAGUGUAUCGCCUAUUUGAACCAGGAACUGAGUGUUCUUGGCUUUUCCUCACUAUUUACACCUUCUCGCAAUGGACAUGGACCUCCAGAUACAUUUGAUAUUGUAAAAUUGGUAAACAGCACCUAUGAACUCUUGCAACAGCAACAAAGAAACAUAAAACAACUAACAGAUCUUGAGCAGAAGAUUCUUCGAUCUGAGUGUGAUAAUGAGCACCUUGUACAGACGCAGAAAAGGCUUAAGGAGCAGCUAGAGUCAGCCCAGAGAGAGAUUGCUGUCAGAAAUGAGAGAGAAAGACAACUUCAAGGAAAACUUGUAAAGGCAAAAGAGGAUCUUAAAUCAGAGAGAGAGGAAUUAAAGAAAACCAGAGCUAAUUCACUUCACUUGCAAAAACAGUUUGACCAUGAGACAAGAAAAAAAGAAAGAGAACUAAGUAAACUCAAGGAAAGGAUUCAUCAACUCCUUACAGACAAAAACCAGGAAAAGAAAGUUGGCUUGGACAUCUUAAAUUUAAUAAACAGACCUGCUGGAGCACAACGUGCAAUGUGGAAGACUGGAUCUGCAAAAAAUGAGGAAGAAAUGUAUAGAAUGCUCAUCACAAAUUAUGAAGAAAGAGAAAAGGAACUCAUGGUGGAAAAUAAUGAUAUGAGGGAAACCCUUAAAAGCAUGCAGGCUGAGUUAAUAAAAUUGCUGAAUCAGCAGAAUGAAGAUUAUGAAAGCAACACAGAGGUUGGUGAAAUCAGUGAGUCUGGAUCAGUUGAGGAAUUAUCAACAGGACAUUUCAAUAUGCCAUAUGACAUGGUUAGAGAGGGAAUUGAAAGUAGUUUAAGAGAAAAAUGGAGAUUGCUGAAGUCAAGGUUAGAGGAAGCAAACAAAGGCUCUUCAAAUGAACCCUCUUCCCCUAAAGCAGAGGAAAUUUCAAGGUUGGAAAGGCAGUUGGAGAAUUACAGACAUGUUGUGGAACAACAGGAACAACUUAUAGAAUCCUUGCAGUCAAAGGUUGAUUCUCCCUCAAAAGAUUCAACUCUUUUGGUUGACUCACAGUUGUAUGAGGAACAAGAAAAAUUUGAAUCUGACAAGCAGUUCUUUGCUGAGCGAAGAGUAGCGUUAGAGAAUGAGAGGAAACAGCUGACAGAUGCUGCUGUAAAACUUGGGCAUGAGAGAAAGAAGUUUGAAGAGGAACGAGCUUCAUUUUACAAGCAACAGCUUUUGACCCCGUUAAGAAAUCAGUCACUUGGGGGAAGAAAAUCAAAAUCACCAGAUGGCCCUCGGCUUCAAGUCAGCCCCGUGUCGUUUUCACCUGCACCAAGAGGUCUUAUCUCAUCCGAAACCAGAGGCACUCCUAAUAUCCCGCGGGACGGACCCGUGGAAAUCCCGAACACAGAAGAGCUAUAUAAGGCGUUGUCAUUAAGAACAGAAAAUUCUAAAGAUGUCAAUGAAAAUAACGGCACACCUCUCAAAGGUUAUUCCAUAGUAGAGGGAUCUGAGAGGACAUCACUGCCCACAAAACAGUCGUCCUGUGGUGACUCUUUGAAAGAAAAGCAGAUUGACUCGAAUACCCCGGGUGCAAAACAAGCUAGGAGAAUCAGCGAGCAUGCGCGGAAUGUCAAGAAAGCUCUGCAGUUGAAAAGAAGUUCAUCUGGUGAUUUGUAAAAACUGGUACCAGGCCAGCGCGGUUCUUUGUACCCCUCUUUAGCUGGAAAAGAAAUACGACAUUGGCUCAAGGUCAUCGUAGCUUACACUGUAGUCUUGUUGUAAGAAACCAUCUGAAAAAGUAUUUUGUGCCAUAGUAAUGAUCUGUUAAAGUCUGUAAUCGCCCGUCUCCUUAGAUGCUGAUUAGGUGAAGUUUCUUGCCUACAAAUCUCUACAAGAGGCCUAAGGGUGAUCAAUUUCACAAGUACUUGUAAAAGUAACUGCGUCCAAUUCUGAUGAGUGUGUCAGAAUUCUUUUUGAAGUGGCUCUUUGCAUUACUGCAUCAUUUAGUUGACAGAUUUCUUUGUCGCGUGCACCGGUGCUCCUUACAUGAAGUUAGUCAUUUAAAACAUUGAAUACCUAUCAACUACCAUUUCCAAAUUAGUCUUAUAAAGCUAAAGAGAUGUUUUUUAAAAUCUUCAUGAAGCACUGACGAGCUAAGAAUUGUUGAUAUCGUCAUAUUUUGCAGUAGCUGAGUUAGCACACUCUCGACGAAUUGAAUUUUACCAAGAAAUGGAGUUAGACUAGAAGUGUGGGGUUAAAAUGCGGAUGUAAAUGUUGAAAUGUAUAAUCUAGUGUACUAUACUAGUUAAAAAUACUGCUGCUACGCGUAAGCACGAUUUUCUUAAAAAGUGGAUUGAAAUUGAA